AUGACCAAGGCCCACUUCUCGGUUGAGGGUCAGCUCGAGUUCCGCGCCAUCCUCUUCGUUCCCAAGCGCGCUCCCUUCGACCUCUUUGAGACCAAGAAGACCAAGAACAACAUCAAGCUCUACGUCCGCCGUGUGUUCAUUACCGACGACGCCACCGACCUCGUCCCCGAGUGGCUGAGCUUCGUCAAGGGUGUCGUCGACUCCGAGGAUCUGCCCCUCAACCUGUCUCGUGAGACCCUCCAGCAGAACAAGAUCAUGAAGGUGAUCAAGAAGAACAUCGUCAAGAAGUCCCUGGAGCUCUUCCAAGAGAUCGCCGAGGACAAGGAGCAGUUCGACAAGUUCUACAGCGCCUUCUCCAAGAACCUCAAGCUCGGCAUCCACGAGGAUUCGCAGAACCGCGCCAUCCUCGCCAAGCUGCUGCGCUUCAACUCCACCAAGUCUGGCGAUGAGCAGACCUCGCUCACCGACUACGUCACCCGCAUGCCCGAGCACCAGAAGAACAUGUACUACAUUACUGGCGAGUCGCUCAAGGCCGUCGCCAAGUCGCCCUUCCUCGACUCUCUCAAGGAGAAGGGCUUCGAGGUGCUCUUCCUGGUUGACCCCAUUGAUGAGUACGCCAUGACUCAGCUGAAGGAGCCCUCAAGAACGUCCUCGGCGAGAAGGUCGAGAAGGUCGUCGUCUCCCACAAGCUGGUCGGCUCUCCUUGCGCCAUCCGCACUGGCCAGUUCGGCUGGUCUGCCAACAUGGAGCGCAUCAUGA